AUGCCGCCUAACAAUCAGAAAGUCGAGAAGAAAGCGAGGAGGAAUAAACGGAAGGCGAGGACGGAGGUUGAAUCUUCUUCUUCUUCCUCAUCAGCCUCUGAUAAUGAGAACGACAACGAAACCAAGAUCCUCAAUGACCAUGUAGCAGACUCUCCAAGAAUUUCACCCAAACCCUCCAACAAUCCCUCCUCCGCCCCCUCAACAACCCCCACCCCUCCCUCCACCACAACAACCAAACCCAACAACGCCAAAGUGGACAACCUCUUCCAAACCUUCUACCUCCACCGCACGACGCAAGAAUUCGCCAACGACCUGGACAAAUUGCGUUCGGCGAGUGAUUUCCACGGCGAGAGGAGCGUGCAGAUGCUUGUGCGGGCUUUGGGGAACGGGGUCGUGUGUUUUGGGGAGGGGGAGAGGGGGAGGGUUGUUGCUGGUUGGGGUGGGGUGGAGAGGUGA